GUGAGUAAAGCGAUUAACAUAAUGUAAUACUCCUUAUCGAUUUUCGCUGUUAUCUUAUUAGUACAGCUGUUUUGUGCAAAUAUGACGCAUCACUUUUGAAACAUCUCGAAGUAAUCUUUGAAUACCAAAUGAGUCAUACCGUCAGUGUGUUGGAUAUCGACGAGAAUAUGUAAUAUGGGAGUGUACAGUGGAGCAAUAACAAAUUAGUAACGUUCCACAGUGUUGCACAGUAUCAUUUCGUAACAACAAUGACGGGGGUUGGAAAUUGCGCGUUCCAAAAAUUCAACGCCGGAAUCGUAUUAAUGUGUGUGUUUGGUCUCAUUUUUUCGUACUACGCUUACACCGUGGAGGUCAAAAAGGAUCAAGAUGAUUCGUACCAGCCACUGUGCGAUAUUUCUGAACAUAUAAGCUGCACCAAAGUAUUUAUGACCGAGUAUGGCAAAGGAUUCGGAUUGUUUCCAAAAGAUUCUGUGUUUCACAUCCGAAAUCCUAUAUAUGGUUUAAUAUUUUAUACUCUGGUCGCAAUUUUAAGUAUGAUUAAUAAUUACACCUUUUCGGCCGCCACUGUCAUUCUGGGAAUAAUCUCUAAUAUUUUGUCAAUAUACUUAAGUCAUAUAUUAUAUUUAUAUAGAGAUAUCUGCGUUGUAUGUAUUAGCACGUACAUUACAAACGCGAUGAUCACAUUUUUCGCUAUCAAAAAAUUCCGAAAAUUCCAAAAAUUAGCCUCAGACGAUACAUAUAAAAAGGUGAAAUAAAAAUAACA